AGCAGACUGUGGGGUGCAUCCACACUCUGGAACAGUGUAUUAUCAGGAUGAGCCACCCAGCAGCUCCAUAAAACUCUUGUAAUUAAAACCAUAUCAAUGCUCUUCUUGGCACAGAUAUGGUGUGAUUGUUUGAAAUUCUUGAGAUAUUCCAAUCACAUUAUGAAAAGCAAUUUGUUCCGACAUUUCGGGCUGUAAAAUGCAUUGAACAGAUUAAGACAUUACACUGAUAUGUUCAACCAUCUCAGGCACAAUUUUGUUCAUGAUGGUUAAACUCACAUCCCACCUGACAUAUGUCCUCAGUAAUAAAUAUAAUUUCACUAUUAAGAGCAGCUCAUCUCAGAGCUGAAUGUCUGUUAAACUCCUGAUGAGCAGUAAAUUGUUCUCUUUCUCUCUGACAGGGGAGGAGCACCGUCUCUCAGAGCUGAGGAUUGUGCUGCUGGGGGGGAGACGGAGUGGGAAGAGUUCAGCAGGAAACACCAUCCUGGGCAGAGAGGAGUUUGAGUCUGGAAUAAGAACUGCACAGUGUGUGAAGAGACAGGGUGAAGUAGCUGGGAGACAGGUCACUGUGGUCGACACACCAGGCUGGUGGAAGACAUAUUCUGUGAAGGACACCACAGAGCUGGAGAAACAGGAGAUUGUUCGCAGUGUGUCUCUGUGUCCCCCGGGACCCUGCGCUCUCUUCCUGGUCAUUAAUGUGAGCUCAGUCUUCAGAGAUACAGAGAAGAAAUCAGUGGUGGAACACCUGGAGCUUCUCAGUGACAGAGUCUGGAGACACACUAUAGUGCUGUUCACCAGGGGAGACUGGCUGGGAGACACAACCAUUGAGCAGCACAUUGAGACUAAAGGGAGGGCCCUCCAAGAGCUCAUAGAGAAAUGUGGGAACAGGUAUCAUGUUCUCAACAAUGAGAACAGGGCUGAUGGGACUCAGGUCACAGAGCUGCUGGAGAAGAUAGAGGAGAUGAUGGCAGGGCAUGGAGGCUCUCUCUAUGAAAUAGAUAGAAUGCUCUUACAGGAGGUGGAAGAGAGGAGGAAGGCAGUGGAAGAACAAGUGAAACAGAGGAUGACAAAGGUUCAGAAUCAGAGAAAAACUCUCAGAGCACUUUUUGAGGGGGAGGAGCACCGUCUCUCAGAGCUGAGGAUUGUGCUGCUGGGGGGGAGACGGAGUGGGAAGAGUUCAGCAGGAAACACCAUCCUGGGCAGAGAGGAGUUUGAGUCUGGAAUAAGAACUGCACAGUGUGUGAAGAGACAGGGUGAAGUAGCUGGGAGACAGGUCACGGUGGUCGACACACCAGGCUGGUGGAAGACAUAUUCUGUGAAGGACACUGCAGAGCUGGAUAAACAGGAGAUUGUGCGCAGUGUGUCUCUGUGUCCCCUGGGACCCUGCGCUCUCUUCCUGGUCAUUAAUGUGAGUUCAGCAUUCAGAAAAGAGCACUGGAAAUCAUUGGUGGAACACCUGGAGCUUCUCAGUGAGAGAGUCUGGAGACACACUAUAGUGCUGUUCACCAGGGGAGACUGGCUGGGAGACACAACCAUUGAGCAUCGCAUUGAGACUGAAGGGAGGGCCCUCCAAGAGCUCAUAGAGAAAUGUGGGAACAGGUAUCAUGUUCUCAACAAUGAGAACAGGGCUGAUGGGACUCAGGUCACAGAUCUGCUGGAGAAGAUAGAGGAGAUGAUGGCAGGGCAUGGAGGCUCUCUCUAUGAAAUAGAUAGAAUGCUCUUACAGGAGGUGGAAGAGAAGAGGAGGGCAGUGGAAGAACGAGUGAAACAGAGGAUGACAAACGUUCAGAAUCAGAGAAAAACUCUUAGAGCACUUUUUGAGGGGGAGGAGCACCAUCUCUCAGAGCUGAGGAUUGUGCUGCUGGGGGGGAGACGGAGUGGGAAGAGUUCAGCAGGAAACACCAUCCUGGGCAGAGAGGAGUUUGAGUCUGGAAUAAGAGCUACACACUGUGUGAAGAGACCGGGUGUAGUAGCUGGGAGACAGGUCACUGUGGUCGACACACCAGGCUGGUGGAACUAUCAUUCUGUGAAGAACACUGAGAAGCUGGAUAAACAGGAGAUUGUGCUCAGUGUGUCUCUGUGUCCCCCGGGACCCUGCGCUCUCAUCCUGGUCAUUAAUGUGAGCUCAGCCUUCAGAGAGGAACACAGAAGAUCAGCGGUGGAACACCUGGAGCUUCUCAGUGAGAGAGUCUGGCGACACACUAUAGUGCUGUUCACCUGGGGAGACUGGCUGGGAGACACAACCAUUGAGCAUCACAUUGAGACUAAAGGGAGGGCCCUCCAAGAGCUCAUAGAGAAAUGUGGGAACAGGUAUCAUGUUCUCAACAAUGAGAACAGGGCUGAUGGGACUCAGGUCACAGAGCUGCUGGAGAAGAUAGAGGAGAUGAUGGCAGGGCAUGGAGGCUCUCUCUAUGAAAUUGAUAGAAUGCUCUUACAGGAGAUGGAAGAGAAGAGGAGGGCAGUGGAAGAACGAGUGAAACAGAGGAUGACGAAGGUUCAGAAACAGAGAACGACUCUUAGAGCACUUUUUGAGGGGGAGAAGCACCGUCUCUCAGAACUGAGGAUUGUGCUGCUGGGGGGGAGAUGGAGGGGGAAGAGUUCAGCAGGAAACACCAUCCUGGGCAGAGAGGAGUUUGAGUCUGGAGUAAGAACUGCACAGUGUGUGAAGAGACAGGGUGAAGUAGCUGGGAGACAGGUCACUGUGGUCGACACACCAGGCUGGUGGGUGACAUUUUUAGUGAAGUACACUGCAAAGCUGGAUAAACAGGAGAUUGUGCGCAGUGUGUCUCUGUGUCCCCCGGGACCCUGCGCUGUCUUCCUGGUCAUUGAUGUGAGCUUAGCAUUCAGAGAGGAACACAGAAGAUCAGCAGUGGAACACGUGGAGCUUCUCGGUGAAAGAGUCUGGAGACACACUAUAGUGCUGUUCACCAGGGGAGACUGGCUGGGAGACACAACCAUUGAGCAGCGCAUUGAGACUGAAGGGAGGGCCCUCCAAGAGCUCAUAGAGAAAUGUGGGAACAGGUAUCAUGUUCUCAACAAUAAGAACAGGGCUGAUGGGACUCAGGUCACAGAGCUGCUGGAGAAGAUAGAGGAGAUGAUGGCAGGGCAUGGAGGCUCUCUCUAUGAAAUAGACAGAAUGCUCUUACAGGAGGUGGAAGAGAAGAGGAGGCCAGUGGAAGAACGAGUGAAACAGAGGAUGACGAAGGUUCAGAAUCAGAGAAAAGCUCUCCGAGCAAUUUUUGGGGGGGAGGAGCACCGUCUCUCAGAGCUGAGGAUUGUACUGCUGGGGGGGACAUGGACUGGGAAGAGUUCAGCAGGAAACACCAUCCUGGGCAGAGAGGAGUUUGAGCCUGGAAAAAGAAUUACACGGUGUGUGAAGAGACAGGGUGAAGUAGCUGGGAGACAGGUCACUGUGGUCGACACACCAGGCUGGUGGAACACAUCGGUGUUUACGAAGUACACUGCAAAGCUGGAUAAACAGGAGAUUGUGCGCAGUGUGUCUCUGUGUCCCCCAGGACCCUGCGUUCUCUUCCUGGUCAUUGAUGUGGCCUCAUCAUUCGAUGAACAACACCGAAGAUCAGCAGUGGAACACCUGAAGCUUCUCGGUGAAAGAGUCUGGAGACACACUAUAGUGCUGUUCACCAGGGGAGACUGGCUGGGAGACACAACCAUUGAGCAGCGCAUUGAGACUGAAGGGAGGGGCCUCCAAGAGCUCAUAGAGAAAUGUGGGAACAGGUAUCAUGUUCUCAACAAUAGGUACAGGUCUGAUGGGACUCAGGUCACAGAGCUGCUGGAGAAUAUAGAGGAGUUGGUCGCCAUGAACAGGGGUGUUCCCUUCACUAUAGAGAAGAGUUACACACAGGGCUUAUUUUCUAGACACAAAUUAUUCAGAAAGAAUAUGAUUGAACAGAAAUGGCUUCAGGAGGAAUGGAGAAGAAGAGAGGAGGAGCUGAUAGAGAGGAUGUUGAAGGCUGUGCACCGUCUUUCAGAGUUGAGGAUUGUGCUGCUGGGGUGGAGACGGAGUGGGAAGAGUUCAGCAGGAAACACCAUCCUGGGCAGAGAGGAGUUUGAGUCUGGAAUAAGAACUGCACAGUGUGUGAAGAGACAGGGUGAAGUAGCUGGGAUACAGGUCACUGUGGUCGACACACCAGGCUGGUGGAUGAAUUAUUCUGUGAAGGACACCACAGAGCUGGAGAAACAGGAGAUUGUUCGCAGUGUGUCUCUGUGUCCCCCGGGACCCUGCGCUCUCUUCCAGGUCAUUAAUGUGAGCUCAGUGUUCAGAGAUACUGAGAAGAAAUCAGUGGUGGAACACCUGGAGCUUCUCAGUAAGAGAGUCUGGAAAUACACUAUAGUGCUGUUCACCUGGGGAGACUGGCUGGGGGACACAACCAUUGAGCAGCACAUUGAGGCUGAAGGGAGGGCCCUCCAAGAGCUCAUAGAGAAAUGUGGGAACAGGUAUCAUGUUCUCAACAAUCAGAACAGGGCUGAUGGGACUCAGGUCACAGAGCUGCUGGAGAUGAUAGAGGAGAUGAUGGCAGGGCAUGGAGGCUCUCUCUAUGAAAUAGAUAGAAUGCUCUUACAGGAGGUAGAAGAGAAGAGGAGGACAGUGGAAGAACGAGUCAAACGGAGGAUGAUGAAGGUUCAGAAUCAGAGAAAAACUCUCAGAGCACUUUUUGAGGGGGAGAAGCACCGUCUCUCAGAGCUGAGGAUUGUGCUGCUGGGGGGGAGAGGGAGUGGGAAGAGUUCAGCAGGAAACACCAUCCUGGGCAGAGAGGAGUUUGAGUCUGGAGUAAGAACUGCACAGUGUGUGAAGAGACAGGGUGAAGUAGCUGGGAGACAGGUCACUGUGGUCGACACACCAGGCUGGUGGAUGAAUUAUUCUGUGAAGGACACUGCAGAGCUGGAUAAACAGGAGAUUGUGCGCAGUGUGUCUCUGUGUCCCCCGGGACCCUGCAUUCUCUUCCUGGUCAUUAAUGUGAGCUCAGCAUUCAGAGAUACAGAGAAGAGAUCAGUGGUGGAACACCUGGAGCUUCUCAGUGAGAGAGUCUGGAGACACACUAUAGUGCUGUUCACCUGGGGAGACUGGCUGGGAGACACAACCAUUGAGCAGCACAUUGAGACUGAAGGGAGGGCCCUCCAAGAGCUCAUAGAGAAAUGUGGGAACAGGUAUCAUGUUCUCAACAAUGAGAACAGGGCUGAUGGGACUCAGGUCACAGAGCUGCUGGAGAAGAUAGAGGAGAUGAUGGCAGGGCAUGGAGGCUCUCACUAUGAAAUAGAUAGAAUGCUCUUACAGGAGGUGGAAGAGAAGAGGAGGGCAGUGGAAAAACAAGUGAAACAGAGGGUGACAAAGGUUCCGAAUCAGAGAAAAACGCUUAGAGCACUUUUUGAGGGGGAGGAGCACCGUCUCUCAGAGCUGAGGAUUGUGCUGCUGGGGGGGAGACGGAGUGGGAAGAGUUCAGCAGGAAACACCAUCCUGGGCAGAGAGGAGUUUAAGUCUGGAAUAAGAACUGCACAGUGUGUGAAGAGACAGGGUGAAGUAGCUGGGAGACAGGUCACUGUGGUCGACACACCAGGCUGGUGGAGUAAUUGUUCGGUGAAUGACACUGCAGAGCUGGAUAAACAGGAGAUUGUGCGCAGUGUGUCUCUGUGUCCCCCGGGACCCUGCGCUCUCUUCCUGGUCAUUAAUGUGAGCUCAGCGUUCAGAGAUCCAAAGAAGAGAUCAGUGGUGGAACACCUGGAGCUUCUCAGUGAGAGAGUCUGGAGACACACUAUAGUGCUGUUCACCAGGGGAGACUGGCUGGGAGACACAACCAUUGAGCAGCACAUUGAGACUGAAGGGAGGGCCCUCCAAGAGCUCAUAGAGAAAUGUGGGAACAGGUAUCAUGUUCUCAACAAUAAGAACAGGGCUGAUGGGACUCAGGUCACAGAGCUGCUGGAGAAGAUAGAGGAGAUGAUGGCAGGGCAUGGAGGCCCUCAUUAUGAAGUAGAUAGAAUGCUCGUACAAGAGAUGGAAGUGAAGAGGAGGGCAGUGGAAAAACGAGUGAAACAGAGGAUGAUGAAGGUUCAGAAACAGAGAAAGACUCUCAGAGGACUUUUUGAGGGGGAGGAGCACCAUCUCUCAGAGCUGAGGAUUGUGCUGCUGGGGGGGAGACGGAGUGGCAAGAGUUCAGCAGGAAACACCAUCCUGGGCAGAGAGGAGUUUGAGUCUGGAAUUAGAACUGCACAGUGUGUGAAGAGACAGGGUGAAGUAGCUGGGAGACAGGUCACUGUGGUCGACACACCAGGCUGGUGGGUGACAUCUUCUGUGAAGGACACUGCAGAGCUGGAUAAACAGGAGAUUGUGCGCAGUGUCUCUCUGUGUCCACCAGGACCCUGCGCUCUCUUCCUGGUCAUUGAUGUGAGCUCAGUGUUCAGAGAUACAGAGAAGAGAUCAGCAGUGGAACACCUGGAGCUUCUCAGUGAGAGAGUCUGGAGACACACUAUAGUGCUGUUCACCAGGGGUGACUGGCUGGGAGACACAACCACUGAGCAGCGCAUUGAGACUGAAGGGAGGGCUCUCCAAGAGCUCAUAGAGAAAUGUGGGAACUGGUAUCAUGUUCUCAACAAUAAGAACAGGGCUAAUGGGACUCAGGUCACAGAGCUGCUGGAGAAGAUAGAGGAGAUGAUGGCAGGGCAUGGAGGCUCUCUCUAUGAAGUAGAUAGAAUGCUCUUACAGGAGGUGGAAGAGAAGAGGAGUGCAGUGGAACAGCGAGUGAAACAGAGGAUGACGAAGGUUCAGAUGCAGAGAAAGACUCUCAGAGCACUUUUUGAGGGGGAGGAGCACCGUCUCUCAGAGCUGAGGAUUGUGCUGCUGGGGGGGAGACGGAGUGGGAAGAGUUCAGCAGGAAACACCAUCCUGGGCAGAGAGGAGUUUGAGUCUGGAGUAAGAACUGCACGGUCUGUGAAGAGACAGGGUGAAGUAGCUGGGAGACAGGUCACUGUGGUCGACACGCCAGGCUGGUGGAGUAAUUAUUCUGUGAAGGACACUGCAGAGCUGGAUAAACAGGAGAUUGUGCGCAGUGUGUCUCUGUGUCCCCCGGGACCCUGCGCUCUCUUCCUGGUCAUUAAUGUGAGCUCAGCAUUCAGAGAGAAACACAGAAGAUCAGCGGUGGAACACCUGGAGCUUCUCAGUGAGAGAGUCUGGAGACACACUAUAGUGCUGUUCACUAGGGGAGACUGGCUGGGAGACACAACCAUUGAGCAGCACAUUGAGUCUGAAGGGAGGGCCUUCCAAGAGCUCAUAGAGAAAAGUGGGAACAGGUAUCAUGUUCUCAACAAUAAGAACAGGGCUGAUGGGACUCAGGUCACAGAGCUGCUGGAGAAGAUAGAGGAGAUGGUAGCCAGGAACAAGAGUGUUCCCUUCUCUGUAGAGGAGAGAUACAGAGAUGGCAAGUAUGAAAGAAAGAAAAUGGUUCAAGAGGAGAGCUUUGAGGAGGAAUGGAGCAGAAGAGAGGAGGAGCUGAUAGAGAGAAUGUCAAAGAUUGUGGUUGACUCAAAGAAAGAGGGAUCCACACUGCCAUUCAAGAGGAGAAGCAGCUUGGAUCUUCUACCUUCUUUGAGUGGAGGGACUCCAGCCCCCUCUGAAGCAGGCAGCUCUGUGUGGGAUUACCAAUCUGCUCAUGAGGUUUCCAGUAAGAAGCUGUCAUGGUGGCUGAAAAGGAGUAAAGCAGAGAGUUCAGCAUCAUCUGGAUACGGAACACGGAGUUCUGUAGUGAGUGAAGCAGAGGAGCCUGACAGGGUGACCCUGGAAGAGGACAGUAAAAUAGAAAGAAAACAGAAGAGCUUUGAGGAGGAAUGGAGCAGAAGGGAGGAGGAGCUGAUAGAGAGGAUGUUGAAGACUGUGGUUGACCCAGAGACAGAGGGAUCCACACUGCCAUUCAAGAAUAAGAGAAACAGCUUUGAAAAACUUCCUCCUUCUUUGAGUGGAGGGACUCCAGCCCCCUCUGAAGCAGGCAGCUCUGUGUGGGAUUCCCAUCCAGCUCAGAAACUUUCCAGUAGGAAGGUGUCAUGGUGGCUGAAAAGGAGGAAAUCAGUGAGUUCAGCAUCAUCUGGAUUCGGAACACGGAGUUCUGUAGUGAGUGAAGCAGAGGAGCCUGACAGGGUGACCCUGGAAGAGGGCAGUGUAGGUGACAUGCCAAACUAAAAACAUCACGCUGCCCCCAUGUGGUUGAUUGUGUAUCUAUUUCAUUAUCUGUUGUUUUACAAAAUCUAGCUAAUUGUAAAUCAACCAGCCGCCUAAUAUUUUCAAAUGCAUUUGCUUUCCAUUGUUUUUGAUAUAUAAAAGUCAAAGUUUCUUCAUAUGUCUGACUACAGAUAGUUUUAUUUGUAAUCAGUUGUAACUGAAAGGCCUAUUUACAGUCAUUUGCAAAAAUGUUACCCACAGUAGUGUAGUUGCACUUUUUAACCUGUGUCAUGUGAUAGUAUACAUGACAUAGACAAUACAAAAUUUGUGCAACAUGAAUGUGUUUGAACCUUGGCUAUGCCCAUAUGAUCAGCUGACUGACAGGGAGUCUGCUGAUGGACACAUUCGGUCUCUCUGGGUUCCUCUGGUUACUGCAGCAUUAGUUCUCCCCAAUGGCUCAGUUUACACACACAGGCUACAGGAGGAGAGACACGCCUCUCUGCUCUUUCCUUCCGGAACAAUUACUGAACUUAACUGAAAAGCACAGGAUACGCAUUGGGUAUUCCAAGGUUUUCCCCAGGAAAAUAGGGGAAGGGGAAGUGCCUCAGAGGGUAUGCAGUGGUGGUGUGAAGCGGUGAGCCACAGAAUUCGCAGGGUGUAGCCCCCAGUGGUUCCCAAACUUUUUUGGUUAGGGCCCCCCUUUAUUAAUCGUACAUUCUGUAAACCCUUAAAAUGUAAGAUUAUGGAGGCCUGAGUCAGAGGUGAUUUGUCUCUGAUGUUUUCGGAGGUGCUCAUGAAUUCUGGGGAGGUGCAGCGCCCCCACCUGGGGGAAACCAUGGUGUUCACAGGAACACAAAGUCAAUUAUGAAAUUCCUUGCUGAACUUUAAAGUGAGUGAAUUAAUCUACGUAUGCAAUAUACACAAGACUCAUGUGACAGGAUCUUUCAUCAUACAUUUGCAAUUUUAAUAACUCUUAUUUUUCGGGAAAAUAUACUAAGCUUAAAACCUAUUGUACUCUGUCCAUUUUGUCUUGAUUUGCACUGAUUUGUUGAUAAACUACACUUUUUGAUUUAUUUGCUUUAAAUAAAACUUUUCCUUGUAGUGUCUGUUGAUUUUUGGACAGGUGUGGUGUAGAAUAUUUGUAACGUGCAGGUAAUGUUCCCAGUGUCUUUAGCAGCAUAUUGCUCUGCUGCAUAUCUCUGAAGCUGGUCAGUAUCCAGCCAUCCAAAACAACCUUCCUUACACACACAACCAAAUGUUUUAAGUGUUAGGCCUAAAUAUACUAUAUAAGCAUAUAAGUAUUAUAAUAUUCAAAAACUUCUGUACAAUGAGGCUUUCUACAAUAAGCCAUGAAACAAGAGAAGUAUGUUUUUUAAGUGAAUUUAAUGCCAACUCAAGGGCUAAAGUGCAGUAGCUGUGCGUGCCUUAUGACCCUUAUGUGAAUACGAUAACACAAUAAAGCAAUAAUCCGGAGUAUAAAAUUGUUGGCUCCGAUGCCUUAAAAGUUGAACAUUUAUUUAUGAUGGUUAUAGCAGGAGAAUUAAUUUGCCAAAAGGUUUCAACCAGUACAUAAACCAUGCUCCUGAAACUUUUUUUUUACAUAUUGAAUGUAAUUUGUCCAACUUUCUUAUUUUUUGUUAAGGUGUGGGAACUGAUGAUUAAUAUCACAAAAUGCAAUUGAUUUUUUCUUUGGCUCCUGCAAUGUUUGAUUUGAAAAUUAAAAACUUGUGAGUCAGAAGUCCUAACUCAUGUAAACACCUGGAGGGCCUAUCAGAAGACAGCAAUCAAACACAUCCACUCUCCACACAAACACAUCCACUCUCCACACAAACACAUCCACUCUCCACACAAACGCAUCCACUCUCCACACAAACACAUCCACUCUCCACACAAACACAUCCACUCUCCAUGCAAACACAUCCAUUAUCCACACAAACACAUCCACUCUCCAUGCAAACACAUCCACUCUCCACACAAACAAAUUCAUUAUGCACACAAACACAUCCACUGUCCACACAAACAAAUUCAUUAUGCACACAAACACAUCCACUCUCCACGCAAACACAUCCACUCUCCACACAAACACAUCCAUUAUCUACACAAACACAUCCACUCUCCAUGCAUGUUACACCACUGGCCUCAUGUUGUGAAAUUAUUUUCAAAUAAUUCUAUUCAAUCAAACAUUUUGAAAAUUUAGUAUUUUAAAUGUUUCCAAGACAUAUUUGAAAGUUUUUGCAAAUACAUGCAAAUUCUCCUUAAAUGUAUUUUCACGUCCGUUUUGUAAUUUAAGUACUCAGUAUUUGUAAAUGUUGAAUUUCAAAUCAUUUCUAAAUAAGUGUUUUAUAGUAAAUAAAAUACUUUAAAUAUGUAUUUGACCCAGGUCUGACUGUAAUGUAAUGUAACAUAAUGUAAAGUAACUUACCAUAAUGUGACCAAAACAUACCUUAGCUACAACCAAAAAAAGUUUUUUCCUCCUGGAUGAAAACCUGUGUUGUUUUUGGGAAAAUAAAUCACCUUGCAUCAUUACCUAUGGAGUUGAGAGUAACUUGCUAAUUGUGGAUUACGUUAAAGGAACUGAGUUACUGGAUUUGGGAUUGCGGGACGCGUUAGAAAUUAAGUUCAACUGUUCACAUGGACCUAAGUGGCAUUGAUAAAGAAACUAACAGAAAUCGAGCUUAAUUGGAUUUGCCACCCUAAGUGAUACAGAAUAUCUUCCUGCUUUUGUUUGCCUGAUGAUUUCCCAUUAAAAACUGAAUGAGUUUACUCAGACCGAGUUCAACUGGGUCAUCAAGCUGGCAGUGAUUCUGAAAUGGACUUCCUUUCAUGGUGUGCAGCAGCCUGGCACUGAUUCUACAUUGGACUGUCACAGCCGGUCUGCAAGGUAAUAAUAAAUAAUAAAACACAAAAAUGUAUUCUCUUUAAUGGGAAUGAAAAACCUUGACACAUUAGUGUAUUUAACUGUGAGGAUCCAAGCUGCACCCCCUCCUGCUGGUCACCAGAGGGCGACAUAGUCAUCAUGAAUGCUGACUAUGUCAUUAUGUGUUCAGCUGUUUGUAAUUCGAGAUCUAAUUAGUUGCAUCAUUUAUUCUGCCUAGUUUCUUUGCUCCUUACUGAGUCUUGAGCCUUUGUGCCUGCUGCUCUGUGUUGGCCUCUGAUCAGGUGCUCUCUGAACGUUGUACAUAGUCUCCAGUGUUUGGUUUUUUUGUUCUGAGCCUUCUUGGUUUUUUUGUAUGCUCACAUCCUGAUUUGACUCAUUAAAGUCCCUGUUAUUUUUUGCAACUCAAUCGCAAUUCUCCUGCAGCCUUUCUCUGCUCUUGGGUUCACCGCCACCUCCAUCGUUACAUUAACAUAGGCCUAUUUAUAUAAUUUCUUUCGUAAAGGAGAGUGGAUAGCCCUCCUUACAUAAACCCUCCUAUGGACCACACCACACGACUCACCAAAGUGGCAAGUAUUUGCAACAAGAAAUUAAUGUUCAGUAAAAGUAUGUGUAUGUCACAUGAUACUAUAUAAAUAUCUAAAUCACCUAUAAUUAUAUAAAUACACAACUCAAACACUGUUGUGGUUUUGGGUAAAAGGUUUUGAGAAAGAUCGAAUGAGACCUGCACACUGCGUACUGCCAGCACAAUCCCACUGCCUUUCAUGUGGAGGCGAGGGCUCUCCAUACGGUAAAAGGGACUCAUAAUAGCACUUUUCACACACUUUCACAUGCCUUAUAUAUUGCUCUUGUAUUUUUUAUUACUUUCCUUGUUGGAACCAUUUUUUUUAAAUUUUGUUUUAAGAAAAUAACUGAAGUACCUUUAAAAACCUGCAGUUGCAGUGAAAUAACUGCGAAAUGCAAUUUGCUUUAUCUGUGCUUCUCAUACUAGAACAAAGGUCCACAGUGUUGGCCAGUAUAGGCCUAUAGAGUAAGCACAGAGUCAGGGCUGUUUUCCUGCAGUGAAAAAGAGCCUAAGCUUGUGUUUGGUUGUAUGAGACCUAACAUCAUGGUUUGUAAAUAUUAAUAAAGAUAUUCUAAUAAUAUUUUUGGCCCUGAAUUGAAACUUUCAUUUAGCCUCAUCAUCAGCAUUAUGCCAGAAUGUCAGAGCACUUGGGUGUGAUACACUUAUACCAUGCUGUCCUUUAAGCAGGUUUGUCAGGCUUUUUUUAAUGAAACUUUGGCUAAAUGAGGUUUGUAUUCAAGCUUUAAUACCAGCACUGAGCACAAGUUUGGGGGAGAGGGUGAAACUCAAAAACAGUGUAAAUUGGUGCAGAAAGAUUUUUGAAAAUAAAUUGUUUCUAAUUAAAGGUAUAGUUAACUCUUUAUUCCAGCAUGGCUGCUGUACACUAAUUUCCACAGGGCUAUUCGAUUUGAUUUGUGUUUUAGUCAAGGACUUGAGAGAAUUUGAAUGUAAGUAUUUUAAACACCAUUUCCAUUACCCUUGCAGUCUUUUGCACUAAACCCUCCUCAGAGUUUCAUCUGACUUGUUGCUAAAAUCAAACAAAGCUUUAAACAACUGGCCUAAAUCUGUACAAAUGUAAAUACUUACCACACAUAGUGUCGGUCAUGUUUGGACAUGGUGGACAGGCUGCUAAAUGCCCCAGUGCAAAAAGCUGACUUAAAAGAACAGAGUGUGAAGAAUAAAUAGAUGCAUUUGAGCCCCUCCCAACACACACUAGGCCCAGCUAGCCUUAUAUAAAUGAUGAUUGUUUAGGAGAAGAUGUGUUGUCAAAUAUACUGUACUCGUGCUUCUAUACUUAAUAUAUGUCAGGAUAUUAAAACCACCAAUAACUUUUGCCAC